AUGUGUGUGGUAUGAUUCUGGAGGAGUGUUUCUUCAGAUAUAAAGAGACUAAGAAGUUUUCAGCGUUUACUUCAUACAGUGAAAGUAUUCCUCUUACAGCAGUGCUGAACAGCAGGCUGGCAGAUUUCUGGAUAAGGCUUGAGUGAUGUUAGGUUAAUUACCAGGGUUUUCAUUUUCCUAUACUUUUACAAAUUGCAUAAUCCUGUAAGAGAGUGAAAGAGAAGGAUAUCAGCAAAUCUUGCACUGUGAUUUAGUAACUGGAUCUUCUGAAUGCUUUGAAGAUGAAGCAACAUUUUAACAAAAUCAUCAAGCCUUUUAGUGUUUAAUUUUUUUUAAAUUUCUUUCUAAAGACGAGUGAAGCUACUGAAACUGGAAUUGAUUGCACUUUCUAUUUUUAAAGACGUUUCGCCUGAGGAGCCACAAGCCUGAUGAGUAAUUAGUCAUUUAUAUUCAUCUUUGCUUCAUCAGGAUUUUUUUUUUUUAAAUCAAGAAAGGACAUCUGCCAUAUAUCACUGGAACUGUAUGCACAAGAGAUGCAGUGUGAAUCCCAGAAAUCAGUUAAUGAUUCUGCAGAUAAAUAUAUAGUGACAGUAAUGGGGAAAUCAGAAAGUCAAAUGGAUAUUGUAGAGAAAUCGACCAAGGUAGCUGGCAGAAAGUCAUGGACCCUAGCUGAGAUUGGACUCUCUGCACUUCUUCUUCUCAUGACUUGUGCAGUAGUAGUUCUGGUCAUACUUUAUUCAACAAAGAAAGAACCACAAUUUUCAACCAAUUCCGAACGUAUCUGUACUACUGCUGGCUGUGUGACCGCAGCUGCUAGAAUCAUUCAGAAUAUGGACCCAAGUGCAGAACCCUGUAAGGAUUUUUACCAGUAUGCCUGUGGAGGCUGGCUAAAUCGCCAUGUGAUUCCAGAAACAAGCUCCAGAUACAGUAUUUUUGACAUACUGAGAGAUGAAUUAGAGAUCAUUCUGAAAGGUGUGCUGGAAGUGAAUGGAAAGGAAGAACGAGAGGCUUUUCAGAAAGCCAAACGACUCUUCAGGUCCUGCAUGAAUGAAAGUGUCAUUGAACAGAGAGACUCCUUGCCCUUGUUAGAACUCCUGACCAAAAUCGGGGACUGGCCAGUUGCUUCUCCAGACUGGAAUGUUACUCAAGAGCCUAGCUGGAAACUAGAAGAAAUUCUUUCAACACUAAACUCAAGAUACAACAAGAGAGUCCUCGUUGACAUGUUUGUUUGGAAUGAUGACAGAGAUUCUAGCAGUCAUAUUAUUUAUAUUGAUCAGCCAAGCUUGGGAAUGCCAUCCAGAGAUUAUUAUUUUAAUGACGGCAACUAUAAAAGAGUACGAAAGGCUUACCUACAGUUCAUGAUUACAAUUGCAAAAAUGAUCAGAGAAGAUCGAAAUCUGACAAAGGAUGACAAAUUUGUUGAGGAGGAGAUGAUACGUGUGAUGGAAAUGGAGACAGAAAUUGCAAAUGCAACAACUCCAUCAGAAGAGAGACAUGAUGUCACAUUGCUGUACAACAAAAUGACUCUUGCAGAAGUACAAGAAAAGUUUGACUUAAAUGGGUUCAACUGGACACUCUUUAUCCAAGGGAUUAUGUCAGCAGUAAACAUUCAAAUCAAACCAGAUGAAGAUGUUGUGGUUUAUGGGGUUCCAUAUCUUACAAAACUAAAGGCCAUCCUCACCAACUACUCGCAAAGCACAUUACAGAACUAUCUUGGGUGGAGGCUUAUCAUUGAUCGAGUUGGAAGCCUGAGUCGUAGGUUUAAAGAUGCCCGAGCCAACUACAGAAAGGCAUUAUUUGGAACAACACAUGAGGAGGCGCGAUGGAGGGAAUGUGUAAGCUGUGUGAACACCAACAUGGAAAAUGCAGUGGGGGCUCUGUAUGUUAGAGAAACAUUUGCUGGUGAAAGCAAAAAGAUGGUGAGUGAUCUGAUUGAGAAAAUACGGGAGGUGUUUAUUGAAACUUUGGACGAACUGCAGUGGAUGGAUGGAACAUCUAAAGAGAAAGCCCGAGAAAAGGCAACAGCCAUUAAGGAGCAGAUUGGUUAUCCGGAUUACGUGUUGGAGGGUAACAAUGAUAAACUUGACCAGGAAUAUGAAAAUCUGCAUUUCAGUGAGAACAAGUACUUUGAGAAUACCUUAGAGAACUUGAGAGCCGGGGCACAGAAAAGCCUAAAAAAGCUGAGAGAAAGAGUGGAUCAAGACACAUGGAUAAUUGGUGCUGCAGUGGUGAAUGCAUUCUAUUCUCCAAAUAGAAAUCAGAUUGUAUUUCCUGCAGGGAUUCUUCAACCUCCAUUCUUCAGCAAACACCAGCCCCAAGCUUUGAACUUUGGGGGAAUUGGAAUGGUCAUAGGACAUGAAAUCACACAUGGUUUUGAUGACAAUGGCAGAAACUUUGAUAAGGAUGGCAAUAUGUUUGACUGGUGGAGCAAUUAUUCAGCAAUGCGUUUUAAGGACCAGUCCCGCUGCAUGAUUUACCAGUAUGGAAAUUAUACCUGGGAUCUGGCUGGAGGACAAAAUGUGAGUGGAAUUACCACAUUAGGAGAAAAUAUUGCUGACAAUGGAGGUGUCAGGCAGGCAUAUAAGGCUUAUAUGAAAUGGAUAGAAAAGGAAGGCACUGAACCAAAACUGCCAGGGCUUAAUCUCACACAUGAACAGCUCUUCUUUUUAAAUUUUGCUCAGGUUUGGUGUGGCUCGUACAGACCAGAGUAUGCAAGCCAGUCAAUCAAGACAGAUGCUCACAGCCCUCUGAAGUACAGAGUUAUGGGAUCUCUGCAGAACUUUGAAGCUUUUUCAGAGGCCUUCCAAUGUAAGCCGGGCAGCAUUAUGCAUCCAGUAGAGAAAUGCAGGGUCUGGUAGCCAAAGAAAAACUGACAAUGCUCUGCGGUUCAGCUACAACACAAGCUUAAAUCUCCAAACAGGUUGUUAUGGACAGUCCUAGCCUGCAAUGUGCCUGGUACAUUGCUGUCCACAGCCAAGGUUAAUGGUGCAUCCGGUCCCAGCCAAUGUUAGAGACUUUAAGGUUCAGAUGAAACUUUAUCCAAGCAGGCUGUCUGUGGACUGGUUAGCUUCAGCACUGAAUGGGAUCCAUUACAGGACUGUUUUUAGUAAUAACUCACUAUGACUGUUAUACAAAUGUCUGUGUCAGGGUUGUUAAGCCACUUAUUUUGAAAUACUGCAGAUGUUGUUUCUUUUUAACUGGGAAUUUUCAGCAAGUUACACCUUGUACACAUCCUACUGCCAAAUAAGGUGUCUGUCUUCAUUACAAAACUAUAUCAUUUUUUGUAACAAUGUUUUCAAGUUUUAGACCGAUGAUUCUUAAGGUUUAUGAAAUUAUUGUGUGCUAAAAUAAAGGUUUACAUAAUAAGUGAUAUGAAAAUAAUUUACAUAUAUGCCACUUCAAAAUAAGAUAAUGUACAGCUAAUGCAAAUGCAAGCUAAAUGACUGUUAAAUUCCACCAGCAUUCCAGAUUGUAUGUGGAAGAACCACUAUUUCAAGGACUCUGCAGAAGGCAAAGUAUCGAACAUUUUAUACACAGGAGAUCCAAAGUGAUGGAACUACACUGGCAAGGUUUCCAAAAUGCUUUUUGCAAACAUCUUGUGGAGGAGAUGUAAUGUUUUGGAAUGUAUUACAUUGGUGUUUGCUUUGAUUUUUUGUCUGACAUUGUUGCCUACCGCACACUGCAAAAAAUAUUCUGUGUUAGAUUACAAUGAAUGUGCAAUGUAAUUUAUGUGUUUUAUCAACUUGCACAUAUCUGCUGUUACCUACAGUUUAAUCAUGAAAAUUAAAAGUAAUGUCUCCUUGUUAGAAUUCUGAA